AUGGGGAACGCCAAGAGCAGUGCUAUUUCCAAGGAGAUCCUGGAGGACCUGAAGCUCAGCACCAAGUUCACGGAGAACGAGUUGUGCCAGUGGUACGAGAACUUCCAGAAGCAGUGUCCCACCGGACGCAUCUCGCCAGAGGAGUUCGAGACGAUCUACGCGCGCUUCUUCCCCGAUAGCGAAGCCAAGACCUACGCUCAGCAUGUGUUCCGUUCAUUCGACACCAACGAGGACGGCACUCUGGACUUCAAGGAAUACAUCAUUGCACUGCACAUGACCUCCAGUGGGAAGACGACGAGGAAGCUGGAGUGGGCCUUCUCACUGUUCGACGUGGACAAGAACGGAUACAUCACCAAGACAGAAGUGGAAGUCAUCUGCCAGGCCAUCUUUAACCUAAUCCCCAAGGAAGAUCUGCCCAAAUUACCGGCCGAUGAGAAUACACCAGAGAAGAGAGCCAACAAACUGUGGGGAUUCUUUGAGAAACCAGACAACGACCGGUUGGCAGAGGGAGAGUUCAUCAAGGGGGUGACCGAGAACGAAAACGCCAUGCGUCUCAUCCACUACGAACCCAUCACUGACUAGUCAUCCCUUCUUCUUUACCUCUUUCUCCUUCACACACUAUUUCUUCCUCUCAUCCUCUAUCUUUGUCAUUGUAUUCUAGUGUUCUGUCUUUCUCUUCUGUGUAAAUACUCUUGUAUUGCGGUGUCUUAAUUGUACCUUCUAAGAAAGUAGGGGUUUAUGUUGGUUAUAGUAUACAUGUCUGUCUGUGCAUGUAUGUCUAUUGGAUUGAGGCUGUUUUAUGAAGGUAGAUGUGAUAAAUAUGAAGGUUAGAUGGCCGCUAUUGUAAUUAGUGUUUGAUGCAAUAUAAACACAACAUAAAAAUUGAGGCACAAGUGUAUUUAUUUGUUUGUAUAUUGAUACAAUAUCCCUGCUAAAUGCUGUUUUCCUGUCAGAUUGAAGCUACAAUAGCUUUUUGGUACUGUGAGAUGAUCGUGUAAAAGUAAUGGUGGUCUAGUGUUUUGCAGUGUCCUGAAUACUCAUGGACUUGAUCAUUUGGUAACCAUUGUUCAUUCUACACAUUUCAUUAUUCUAAGAAGCUCUAAAUGGUGUUGCUGUAGAAGGAACACUUGAUAUGUGCAAAUGUGAUAAAUGGUAACA